CUUCGUUCAACUCAUAGUAAAACACUUCUCUCUCUCUCUCUCUCUCUUGUAACAGUUAGACUUCUCUCUAAAAAGCUGCUCCAGUUUCUUCGUUUCUUGCUUCGCUACCUUCUCCAUUGCCAUUUUCUCAAACAAUCAAAGAGAGGGUCUAAGCCUUUUUGGUCUCUCAUGCCUGGUUCAGACACUAAGUACAUCUCCAUUAAUGGAGGAACCCUUGUCUCAGACAUAAGUCGUCUUUCUUCUCUUCUUAAAACUAGAAGAACUCUAGCUUUUGCUUAUGGGUUUAUGUUUGCUUUUGUUGCUUUCACUGUUUUUUUAGCUUUCAACCCUUCUCCUAACUCAUCUUCUCCUUGGUUCUCUAAUAUAUUUACUUCUAGCUCUGUUACUACUUCUUAUGAUUCUUACAGAUCUCGAUUCUCUUCUAUUUUCUCUUACUUCUCGCCCAACAACUCAUCAUCGGACCAACAAGAGCAUGACUUCUCUACUUUGCCUACGCAAAGCGACGCCGGAUCUAACACGAGUUUGUCUCAGCCUUCUGGUGCAAAUAAUGGGGUGAGAGACUUGCCCAUUGUACAAAAUCGCACACAGAAUACAGUUGAUUCUGUUAAACCUCUGGUUUUUCAAGCGAAUCAGUCGAAUAAUGCUUCAAUUGUCAGUGAGGUAUCGUCUACUGCAAAAAAUAACACUCAGAAUAUACAGAAUUCUGAUAAAGAUCAUGCAUUGAAGCCAAAUCAAACCACAAUUCCUUCGCCAAUGAUCCCUGUGCGAGCAAACACAAAAUCUGUUUCACCGGUGCCAGCAAAUCAGAAUGCAAAAUCAUCUACGAAACCAGUCUCACCGGUGCCGGCAAAUCAGAAUCCACAAUCACCCACGAACUCUGCUUCUUCGGUGAAAGGAAAUUCUGGGAAGCAAGAGAAAGGAGUUGAGGUGAAGAACGAAGCAUCGAAUUACACUGCUUCUCUGUCGAAGAAACACAGUAAUGGGUCGAAACAGAAGAAUGAGACUAAUUCAGAGGCGUCAGCCAAUCAAGGGAUCGAAAGCUUGUUGAAUUGUGAUUUGUUUGAUGGUGAAUGGGUGAGGGAUGAUUCUUAUCCUCUUUACAAACCUGGGUCUUGUUCACUGAUUGACGAGCAAUUCAAUUGCAUUAUUAAUGGCAGACCAGACAAAGACUAUCAGAAAUACAAAUGGAAGCCAAAGAGCUGCACUUUACCAAGAUUAAACCCUGCACAUAUGUUAGAUAUGUUGAAAGGAAAACGACUCGUUUUCGUGGGAGAUUCUCUCAAUAGGAAUAUGUGGGAAUCUCUCGUUUGCAUGCUGAAAGGCUCAGUGAAAGAUCAAAGCAAGGUUUUUGAAGCCAAUGGGAGACACCAUUUUAGAGGAGAAGCUUCAUAUUCCUUCAUAUUCAAAGAUUAUGACUGCACUAUAGAGUUCUUUGUAUCUCCUUUCUUAGUGCAAGAAUGGGAAAUGUCUGACAAAAAUGGAAGCAAGAAAGAGACUCUUCGGCUUGAUUUGGUAGGGAGAUCAUCUGAUCAAUAUAAAAAUGCAGAUAUCAUCAUCUUCAACACUGGUCACUGGUGGACUCAUGAGAAAACUUCUAAAGGAAAGGAUUAUUAUCAAGAAGGGAGUCAUGUCUAUGAUGAGCUGAAUGUUCUUGAAGCAUUUAGAAAAGCUUUAACAACUUGGGCUAGAUGGGUUGAUGCCAAUGUAAAUCCAAUGAAGUCUGUUGUCUUCUUCAGAGGAUAUUCUGCUUCACAUUUCAGCGGCGGGCAAUGGAACUCCGGCGGCGCGUGCGACAGUGAAGUUGAGCCAAUCAAGAAUGCAACAUAUCUAAGAGAAUAUCCACCCAAGAUGCUAGUGCUGGAGAAGAUACUAAGAGGGAUGAAAACUCAUGUCAAAUACUUGAACGUGACACAAAUGACAGAUUACAGAAAGGAUGGCCACCCUUCAAUCUACCGGAAGCAGAAGCUUUCGCUGGAGGAAAGAAGAUCACCGCUCCUAUACCAAGACUGCAGCCACUGGUGUCUUCCCGGCGUUCCUGAUGCCUGGAAUGAGAUUCUUUACUCCGAGCUCUUAAUAAACGAGCACCAAAAGCUCCAAGCUCAGAAGAGACACAGGUAAAUAGAAGAUCUCAAAUUUCAGAUGCUGCAGUUGAAAUCUGAAGCCAAAUUACACUUGUAUACCCAUAAUUUCUUUUUUUUUUUUUUGCCUCAUCAAUUUUGAAUUAUAGAAAGUAAAAAAGAAAAGGGAAAGAUCAAAGAAAGAGACGUUGCUCUCCAUCAACCAUGUGAGAGCAGGCAGCAAGUGAUGAGAUAUGUGAAGUGUAAAUCUCACAUUAUUUAGUUUGUUUCACUAAAUAAUAUAAUAGUGAGUAAUCCAUUUGCUAA